AUGCUGUGCAGAGUGGGUCCCUGUGGCCCUCUUCCCUCAAACCCUCCCUCUCUUUAUCCAUCAAUGUUCCCCCAAACCACCAGGUGUUGUGCAACGUGGGUGGGUCUAUGCAUCUCGUUGCGCAACCUGCAGUCAGUGCAAGGGGUUGUUCAUUCACCCCUUUUAUUCAUACCCCCCUUCGACUCAUACCUUGCCAUUUCCCCUGUCCCACACCAGGUGUUUUGCAACGUGGGUGGGUCUAUGCAUCUCGCUGCAGGACCUGCAGUGCUGCAAAAUGUGGGUCUCCACAUCUCGCUGCACGACCUGCAAUUAGUGUUGCGUAACGUGGGUCUCUGCAUUUCGCUGCACGACCUGCAGUCAGUGCAAGGGGGGUUCAUCUACCCCCCUUGGACUCGUACCUCUUUUUCUUGCCAUUUCCCCUGUUCCGCAUCAGGUGCUGCAAAACGUGGGUCUCUACAUCUCGCUGCACGACCUGCAGUGCUGCAAAAUGUGGGUCUCCACAUCUCGCUGCACGACCUGCAAUUAGUGUUGCGUAACGUGGGUCUCUGCAUUUCACUGCAUGACCUGCAGUCAGUGGAAGGGGGGUUCAUUUUCCCUUCCGACCCUGGCCCGCAUUUCACUGCCCUCUCCUCCACACCACUCUCACACUCACUUUCUCCCCUCACUUACUCCCCCGUCCCUGCCUGA